AUGUCGAGCGGCUCACCUCUGCCCGAUCCAUCCAAGAACGUGGUGGUCGACACUGCUUCUCUUCCCGCCUCUUCCUCAGCUUCCGUCUGGGACCGCAUCUCGAAAUGGGUGUCUGAGAACAAGGCGCUCGUAUACACCGUCGCGGGUGUCGCCGUCGUCGUGACGAGUGCUGGUGUCGUGUACUACCUUUCCGAUUCCAACCAGUCUGCUAAAUCCUCCACAACUCCGCCUGCAGAGAAGAAGAAGAGUAAGAACCAGCGACGAAAGGAGAAGGAGAAGAAGAAGGCCGAGGAGAAGAAGACCAAGGCGGCUUCUGCCCAGGAUGAACAAACCCAAAAGAAGCCCGAGGAGCCUUCAGAAGAGAUCCCUGAGGUCGACGAGGCGACCGUUGGACAGUUGGAUGAGGAAACCCGGAAAGCAUACGCCGCAAAGUUGAAGGUGGCCGGAAACAAGGCCUACGGCUCUAAAGACUACAACAACGCGAUUGAUCUCUACGGAAAGGCGAUCAUUUGCAAACCCGACCCAGUCUUCUACUCGAACCGCGCCGCGUGCUACAAUGUUCUGUCGGAGUGGGAAAAGGUCAUCGAAGACACCAGUGCUGCGCUUGCGAUGGAUAGCGAGUACGUCAAGGCCCUGAACAGACGUGCCAUUGCGUACGAGCAUCUUGAGAAGUUCAGCGAAGCUCUGCUCGACUUCACCGCCAGCUGUAUUAUCGAUGGUUUCUCAAAUGAAGUCAGCCGUGUUGCUCUUGAGCGACUCCUGAAGAAGGUUGCGGAACACAAGGGCAAGGCUAUUUUGGAGGCCAAGGGCUCGAAGCUGCCCAGCCCAACCUUCGUUUCCAACUACCUCCAGAGCUUCCGUCCCAAGUCUCUGCCUCAAGGCCUCGACGAGUCUGCUGACUUCCCCGAGGAGUCUGGAAAGGGUGAGCUCCGCAAGGGUCUUCUAGCGAUGGCCAAGAAGACUGGCGAUGGCUAUGAGGAGGCUGCAGCUGCUUUCGUCAAGGCCAAGGAGCUCGGCGACCUUGGUGAGUUCGAGGGUCUUGCCUUGAACCAGCGUGCCACCUUCACAUACCUGCAAGGUAACGCCCAAGACGCUCUGGCGGAUCUCAACAAGAGCAUUGAGCUGGAUCCUUCGCUCGUCCAGAGCUACAUCAAGCGUGCUAGCUUGCACCUCGAGCUGGGCAACAAGGACGCAGCUCAGGACGACUUCGAGCUUGCCAUUACUCACAACAAGGACGACCCUGAUAUCUACUACCACCGUGCCCAGCUUCACUUCAUCCUCGGUGAAUUCGCCGAAGCCGCCAAGGAUUAUCAGAAGUCAAUCGACCUUGACCGGACAUUUAUCUUCUCGCACAUUCAGCUCGGUGUUACGCAGUACAAGAUGGGCUCUGUUGCAUCUGCGAUGGCUACUUUCAGACGAUCCGUGAAGAACUUCGAGGAUGUGCCUGACGUCUACAACUACUACGGAGAGCUACUCCUUGACCAGCAGAACUUCUCCGAAGCCGUCGAGAAGUUUGACAAGGCCGUCGAGAUGGAGAAGCAGAGCAAGCCAAUGGGCAUCAACGUCCUUCCUCUGAUCAACAAGGCCCUUGCCUUGUUCCAGUGGAAGCAUGACUUCCAAGAGGCCGAGCAGCUCUGCCAGAAGGCUUUGAUCAUUGACCCUGAGUGCGACAUUGCGGUUGGAACCAUGGCCCAACUGCUCUUGCAGCAGGGCAAGGUUUCCCAGGCGCUCAAGUACUUCGAACGUGCUGCUGAGCUCGCCCGCACCGAGCCCGAGAUUAUCAACGCCAUCUCCUAUGCUGAGGCGACGCGAACCCAAUUAGAGGUUCAGGAGAAAUACCCACAGCUUGCUGCGCGCCUGCAGAGCAUGGGUGCUGGUUUCGGUGGGGCCCCUGGCGGCCUGUAG